AUGGCCGACUUCGACGUUGAGGCUGUGCUCAAGAAGCUCAACAACUCUGAGAAAGUCGACCUGCUGGCAGGUAUCGAUUUCUGGCAUACGAAGCCCUUGCCCGAACACGGUAUCCCUUCCAUCCGUCUCACCGACGGCCCCAACGGCGUUCGCGGUACCAAGUUCUUCGAUGGCGUCAAGGCGGCCUGUUUCCCCUGCGGCACCGCGCUGGGAGCCACUUUCAACACGGCCCUCCUCGAGGAGGCCGGCAAGAAGAUGGGCGAGGAGGCCAAGCUGAAGGGCGCCCACUGCAUCCUCGGCCCGACCAUCAACAUGCAGCGCGCCCCGCUCGGCGGCCGCGGCUUCGAGUCGAUCGGCGAGGACCCCGUGCUGGCCGGCCUCGGCUCCGCCGCCCUCUGCAACGGCAUCCAGAGCACCGGCGUGCAGGCCACGCCGAAGCACUUCGUGUGCAACGACCAGGAGCACAGGCGCAACGCCGUCCAGAGCAUCCUCACCGACCGGGCCCUGCGCGAGAUCUACGCCAUGCCCUUCCAGCUGACCGUCCGGGACUCCACCCCGGGCGCCUUCAUGACCGCCUACAACGGCGUCAACGGCACCUACUGCAGCGAGAGCCCCGACCUGCUCGAGAAGCUGCUCCGCGGGGAGUGGGGCUGGGACGGCAUGGUGAUGAGCGACUGGUACGGCACCUACUCCACCACCGAGGCCGCCAACGCGGGCCUCGACCUCGAGAUGCCGGGCCCCACGCGCUUCCGCGGCGAGGCGCUCAAGUUCAACGUCUCGACGGAUAAGGUCAAGCAGCAUGUCCUCGACGAGCGGGCCCGUUGCGUGCUCAAGUUUGUCAAGGAGUGCAUGAAGCUGGGGAUCCCCGAGAACGCCCCCGAGACGACCGGUAACACGCCCGAAACGGCAGAGCUCCUGCGACGCAUUGGCGGCGAGUCGCUGGUCCUCUUGAAGAACGACAAUAAUGUGCUGCCUUUGAAAAAGGACAAGAAGACCGUCGUUAUCGGCCCCAACGCAAAGAUCGCCACCUACCACGGAGGCGGCUCGGCAGCCCUCGCCGCCUACUACGCGGUCACACCGUUCGACGGCAUCAGCCAGAAGCUCGCAUCCCCCCCCGUCUACACCGAGGGCUCCUACUCCCACAAGCUGCUACCUCUGCUGGGCAACGUUGUCAAGUCGCCCUCGGGGGAGCCCGGCAUGUUGAUGCGGGCGUACAGGGAGCCGCCGUCCGAGGCCGUCCGCGAGUGCGUCGACUCGCGCGUGGUCACCAAGACGGAGCUGAACCUGGUCGACUACUACGAGAUCAAGGAGCCGCUCUGGUACGCCGACUUUGAGGGCUCCUUCGUGGCCGAGGAGGACUGCACGUACGAGGUGGGCGUGAUCGUCUGCGGCGCGGCCAAGCUCUUCGUCAACGGCGAGCUGGUGGUCGACAACGCGACGGCGCAGCGGCAGGGCGACGCCUUCUUCGGCGCGGCCACGGUCGAGGAGAAGGGCAAGGUCGAGCUCAAGAAGGGCGCGACGUACCACUUCAAGGUCGAGUUCACGUCGGCGCCGGCGUCGAAGCUGCAGGGCAACAACGUCGUCUUCGGCGGCGGGGCGCUGCGCGUGGGCGGCUGCAAGGUGAUCGACGACGAGGAGGAGAUGGCCAAGGCGGCGGCGCUGGCCCGGGACGCGGACCAGGUCAUCAUCUGCUCCGGGCUCAACGCCGACUGGGAGACCGAGGGCCACGACCGCGAGCACAUGGACCUGCCGGGCUACCUGGACGCUCUCAUCGCCGCGGUGGGCAAGGCCAACCCCAACACGGUGGUGGUCAACCAGUCCGGCACGCCGGUGACGAUGCCGUGGGUCGACGACGUGGCGGCGGUGGUGCAGGCGUGGUACGGCGGCAACGAGACGGGCAACGCCAUCGCGGACGUGCUCUUCGGCGACGUCAGCCCCUCGGGCAAGCUCUCGCUCAGCUUCCCGCGCCGGCUGCAGGACAACCCGGCCUACCUUAACUACCGGGCCGAGUUCGCGCGCACGCUGUACGGCGAGGACGUGUACAUCGGCUACCGCUUCUACGAGGCCGUCGGGCGGGAGGUGCUCUUCCCCUUCGGGCACGGCCUGUCCUACACGACCUUUGCCUUCUCGGACCUGGCGGUCAGCGAAGGGGAUGAUGGUGAUGGUGAUGGUGAUGGUAAGCUGAGGGUCGACGUGACGGUCACCAACACGGGCGCCGUGCAGGGGAGCGAGGUGGUGCAGGUGUACGUGGCGCCGAAGCAAAAGUCGCGCGUCAACCGGCCGGUCAAGGAGCUCAAGGGCUUCGCCAAGGUGUCGCUCGCGCCCGGGGAGAGCAAGAAGGCCACGGUGGAGAUUGUGGCCAAGUACGCGGCCAGCUACUGGGACGAGGACAGGGGUCAGUGGUGCGUGGAGGCGGGGGAGUACGAAGUCAUCGCGUCGGACAGCAGCGUUGUCUCGGACAAGGCUGUCCGGGGUUCGUUUAGCGUUGCCGAGACCUACUGGUGGUCUGGUCUGUAA